AUGGCCGAAUUAACUGCAUUGCGCUUUGAGCAACACCAUUCGGGACUGGGCGUACAAUGCUCUUCGCCUCGAAUUUCAUGGACCUUCUCUGCCGUCGACGAGUCGAUUUCUGACUGGCAGCAACUGCAGUAUGAAAUUUGCGUGCGUCGUGAAACUGGGACACCGUUAUACUUUGUUAUCCAAAGUCCCGAUUCGUCUCUAGUUCCAUGGCCGAGCACGCCCUUGCAAUCUCGAGAACAAGCUCAAGUGCGAGUACGAGUGUGCGGCAGCUGGAUGGACAGGAACACUAGGCGGGCACACUCAGGUUGGUCUGCCUGGUCAUCAUGGGCCACGGUUGAAUGCAGCCUUCUUAGUGCCCAAGACUGGAUUGCAGUGCCUAUCUCCAGCCCAAUUGUGCCAUUGAGUCACGAAGAUGAGUCAUUAAGGCCUUUGCUCUUCCGAAAAACAUUUGAACUGCCGGCCACAUUUGACUCCGUUCAGCGAGCACGGCUGUACAUCACGGCAUUUGGUGUCUAUCGGGCAUACCUCAAUGGUUGCAGGAUUGGGGAUCAUGAAAUGUCGCCCGGGUGGACAAGCUAUCGCUAUCGGAUUGCAUACCAAGUUUUUGAUGUGACUUCUUUGAUCACUACCAAAGGCAGUAAUGUGCUGAGUAUCGAGGUCGCCGAGGGCUGGUAUGCAGGCCGGCUGGGAUUUGAUGGUGGCAAACGGCAUAUCUACGGAGACCGAAUCGCUGUCAUGGCCCAGUUGGAGAUCGAUGGACUAGCAGGUGGACGCUUUAAAGUUGCAUCGGACAUCAGUUGGAAGUUCCACCCAAGUCCCAUUGUGAACAGUGAAAUUUACAACGGGGAAACAUACGAUGCUCGAGUCGAAGGCGAAAACUGGAACCAACAGUGCCCUAGCAAUGUUGACACCGACUGGGAGACAGUCUCAGUUUUGGACUUUCCUCGUGCACGAUUAUACGCCCCAAACGCUCCUCCAGUACGAAUCACGGAGAUUUUGGCACCCCAGAAGAUAUCCACCACACCUUCAGGCCGAAUUAUUCUCGAUUUCGGUCAGAAUUUAGUUGGAAAACUUCUCGUACGGUCAAUGACGCUCCCAGUGGACGGGACUGUGAACUUCAUCCACGCCGAAGUCAUCGAAGACGACGGGGAAUUGGGAACGCGACCGCUUCGUGGCGCAAAAUGCGUUGAUAAAGUCAUCUCAUCCGGCCAGCCGUUGAUCGAUUGGUCGCCGAAAUUCACCUUCCACGGUUUUCGAUUCGUAGGAAUCGAUGGAUGGGACCCUCGAUCAGAGAAAAAGUCUUGGAAGAGCAACAUUCAAGCACUAGUGAUUCACACUGAUUUCAAGCAAACUGGGCAAUUCGAAUGCUCAAACAUAGCCAUCAAUCAGUUGCACCAGAACGCUUGCUGGAGUAUGCGUGGGAAUUUUUUGUCCAUCCCCACAGAUUGCCCCCAACGGGAUGAACGUUUAGGCUGGACGGGAGACAUCCAGAUUUUUGGUCCAUCUGCAACGUUUCUGUAUGACGUGGUUGGCAUGCUUUCCGAAUGGAUGGAAGAUGUCGCCUGCGAACAAUCAGAUCACAAUGGCGUUCCGCCACUUGUAAUCCCCAAUAUCCUGGACCACGUGUGGCCAUCCAUUCCCCAGGCUCUCUGGGGUGAUGUGGUGAUCAUCCUUCCGUGGGUAUUAUAUCUAUCAUCAGGUGAUCGUGACAUCCUACAUCGUCAGUACUCAAGUAUGACCUCGUGGCUGGAUCAGGGAGUUCGUAGAGGCAGAGAUGGACUCUGGGAUCCGGAGAUAUGGCAACUGGGCGACUGGCUCGAUCCCCAGGCACCACCCGACGAGCCUGGCGAUUGCCGAACAAAUGGCACACUAGUAGCAGACGCAUAUCUCGUAUAUGUCACAUCUCUCAUGGCUAAAAUUGCCUUUGUUCUCAAGAGAGAGGGGGAGGGUACACAUUACAGCUACAAAGCUCAAUGUCUCCGUGCGCUUUUCCAAGAGAAGUACAUAACUUCAUCUGGCCUCAUAGUUGGGGAUUCCCAGACCGCUUAUUCAUUGGCCAUCGUCUUUGGUCUUUUGUCCACCCAGCUCCAGCUAGACACGGCUAGAUGUCAGCUUUCAGCGCGUGUACGCAUGGCCAAAUUCCGCGUAUCAACCGGGUUCGCUGGUACUCCUGUGAUUUUGAAGGCUCUCACAGAAACAGAUAAUCUCUCGCUAGCCUACCGAAUGCUCCUCGAAGACCGCUGCCCGUCGUGGUUAUACCCUAUCACCAUGGGCGCCACCACCAUUUGGGAGCGGUGGGACAGCAUGCUACCAAACGGGUCUAUCAACCCCGGCCAAAUGACUUCUUUCAACCACUAUGCCUUGGGUUCUGUGGUCAACUGGCUCCACGAGACUGUGGGUGGUUUGCGGGCACUGGAAGCUGGUUGGAAGACUGCAUUGGUGUCUCCACAACCGGGAGGUUCUUUAACCUACGCAUCGGUGUCAUACGAGAGUGUCUACGGCCACUGGAGCUGUCGUUGGAAACUGCAAUUUGACGGGGAUCGGAAUGAAGCAAUGACUCUCUGCUUGGAUCUGAUUGUCCCACCAAACUGCCGAGCAGUAGUUAGGAUCCAGGCUGACGAGGAUGGAUUCAGUAAAUUGGAUGAGAGUGUGGGAUCUGGAAAGCAUCACUGGGAGAUUCCCUUCUUUCCUUGGUCAUGGCCACCACAAGCAACAGCCCCAUUCAUAACAAACCCGGGCAAGCAUAUCGAUUAG